AAGUAAUGACGCGAUUGUCUCGAGUCGAGGCGCUUCCUUGUUUUUCCUCUCACUUCAAAACUUGCACGCAGCUUCUAUUCUCCGGGAAAGCUUGAGCUCUUAAACAACUUGCUGUUUUAUCUUUGUUUGAGUGGAAACGGUGUGAAUAUUGAGUGAAGGAUAGAAACCCUCCGUCAGAGGAAGACCACGUCAGACACUCACCUGUCCAGGAAUGUUGAUCUGUGAGACCACGAGGAUCCAACAUGAGUCCGCCACAUUUAAUUAAGAGACAACGGUCGUUAAGAAACAUGAUCUUCCAAAGACCAGACUCCCCUGAUCCUGGACUCAGCUGUGUGUCCUUCAGGAGUAAAAUGUCCAUGGACGAUCCAAUCCAGUUUCAAAAGACCCUCUGUGGUCCAGAGCACAGGAUCAAACAGAAACCUGAACCUGGACCUGAACCUGGAUCAAAGAUGAGCUGUGUGUGCCUCCGAGACGACGAGUCGAAGGCUGAGCCUAUAAUGUUUAAGGAUGGAGUCUCCUCUCUGCAAGAAGUCGACCUGCAGAGCUCAGAUGUUACCUGCAGUCAUUCUGCCCAGCAGCAGCAGCCAACAGACCUGGACUCCAUAUUUAUGAUGUUGGAGGAGAACAUGGUCACUUUUGUGAAGAACGAGCUGAAGAAAUUCCAGAGAGUUCUGAGUUCAGAUUACCCAGAGUUCUCAGAGAGUCCGUCCGAGGAUGAGCAUCUGAUGGGCGGCGAGGAUAAAGAGCAGAGGAGGAGGAUCAGAGAGACGUUUCUAAGGAUGACAGUUGACUUUAUGAGGGGAAUGAAGCAUGAGGAGCUGGCUGACCGUCUGCAGAGCAAAUCUCCUGCCAUGUGCCGACUUAACCUCAAAUCUAAUCUGAAGAAGAAGUUCCAGUGUGUGUUUGAGGGGAUUGCUAAAGCAGGUAACCCAACCUUGCUGAAUCAGAUCUACACGGAGCUCUACAUCACACAGGGAAGGACUGGAGAGGUCAAUGAUGAACACGAGAUCAGACAGAUUGAAACAGCAUCCAAGAAAGCUGUAAAAUUGGAAACCAAAAUCAGGUGUGAAGACAUCUAUAAACACUCACCUGAAAGAACUACACCAAUCAGAAGAGUGAUGACAACGGGAGUGGCUGGCAUCGGGAAAACGGUCUUAACACAGAAGUUCACUCUGGACUGGGCUGAAGACAAAGCCAACCAGGACGUACAGUUCACAUUUCCAUUCACUUUCAGAGAGCUGAAUAUGCUGAAAGAGAAAACGUUCAGCUUGGUGGAACUUGUUCAUCACUUCUUUCCUGAAACCAAAGAAGCAGGAAUCUGCAGGUUUGAAGAGUUCCAGGUUGUGUUCAUCUUUGACGGUCUGGAUGAGUGUCGACUUCCUCUGGACUUUAAAAAGAACAAGUUCCUGACUGAUGUCACAGAGUCCACCUCAGUAGAUGUGCUGCUGACAAACCUCAUCAACGGGAACCUGCUUCCCUCUGCUCGCCUCUGGAUAACCACACGACCUGCAGCAGCCAAUCAGAUCCCUCCUGAGUGUGUUGACAUGGUGACAGAGGUCAGAGGUUUCAAUGACCCACAGAAAGAGGUGUACUUCAGGAAGAGAUUUAGAGAUGAAAAACUAGCCAGCAGAAUUAUCUCUCACAUCAAGACAUCCCGAAGCCUCCACAUCAUGUGCCACAUCCCAGUCUUCUGCUGGAUCACUGCUACAGUUCUGGAGGAUGUUCUGAAAGCCAAAGAUGGAGGAGAGCUGCCCAAGACCCUGACUGAGAUGUACAUCUACUUCCUGGUGGUCCAGUCCAAACGGAGGAACAUCAAGUAUGAUGGAGGAGAUACAGAUUCACACUGGAAUAAAAAGAGCAGGAAGAUGAUUGAGUCUCUGGGAAAACUGGCUUUUGAGCAGCUACAGAAAGGAAACAUAACCUUCUAUGAAUCCGACCUGACAGAGAGUGGCAUCGAUAUCAGAGCAGCCUCAGUGUACUCAGGAGUGUUCACACAGAUCUUUAAAGAGGAGAGCGGACUGUACCAGAACAAGCUGUUCUGCUUUAUCCAUCUGAGUAUUCAAGAGUUUCUGGCUGCUCUUCAUGUCCAUCUGACCUUCACCAAUUCUGGAGUCAAUCUGAUGUCAGAAGAACCAUCAACCUCGACAAAAUUCUACCAGAGUGCUGUGGACAAGGCCUUUAAGAGUCCAAAUGGACACCUGGACUUGUUCCUGCGCUUCCUCUUGGGACUUUCACUGCAGACCAAUCAGACUCUCCUGAGAGGUCUGCUGACACCAACAGCAAGUAGUUCACAGACUGGUCAGGACAAAGUCCAGUACAUCAAGGAGAAGAUUGAAGAGGACCCCAGUCCAGAAAAAAGCAUCAACCUGUUCCACUGUCUGAAUGAGCUUAAGGACCAUUCUCUAGUGGAGGAGAUCCAGCAGUACCUUAGAUCUGGUAGCCUCGCUACUGACCAGCUCUCUUCUGCUCAGUGGUCAGCUCUGGUCUUCAUCUUACUGUCAUCAGAAAAAGAUCUGGACGUGUUUGACCUGAAGAAAUACUCUGCUUCAGAGGAGGCUCUUCUGAAGCUGCUGCCAGUGGUCAAAGCAUCCAAGAAAGUCUUACUGAGCGGUUGUAACCUCUCUGGAAGAAGCUGUGAAGCUAUGUCUUCAGUCCUCAGUUCCAAGACCUCCAGUCUAAGAGAGCUGGACCUGAGUAACAACGACCUGCAGGAUUCAGGUGUCAAGAUGCUUUUAACCGGUUUGGAGAGUCCAAACUGUUCACUGGAAACUCUGAGGUUGUCAGGAUGUCUGAUCACAGAGGAAGGCUGUGCAUCUCUGGCCUCGUCUCUGAGCUCCGACCACUCCCAUCUCAGAGAACUGGACCUGGGGUACAAUAAUCCAGGAGACUCAGGAGUGAAGCUGUCCGCUGUGCUGGAGGAUCCCCAAUGGAGUCUGGACACUCUCAUAUUAAACCCCAGCGGGGUAGAGUGGUUGAGACCAGGUGUGAGGAAGUAUUUCUGUGAACUCACACUGGAUCCCAACACGGCCCACAAAUUCCUCAAACUGUCUGAAAACAACAAAAAGGUGACUGAUCUGAGAAAGGAGCACCCGUAUCUUGAUCACCCAGAGAGAUUUGACUACUGGCCUCAGGUGCUGUGUGAACAGGGUCUGACUGGUCGCUGUUACUGGGAGGUUGAGUGGGUUGGAAAGGUUUACAUCGCGCUGAGUUACAGUGGCAUUGCAAGAAAGGGAGACAGCGAUGGCUCUAAGUUUGGAGGUAAUGAUCAAUCCUGGAGUCUGACCUGCACUGACGGAGUAUACAACGCCUGGCACAAUAACAGCGGGACACUCAUCCCGCUUCCCUCGUCCUCCGUCUCCCACAGAGUAGGAGUUUAUGUGGACUGUCCUGCUGGGACUCUGUCGUUUUACAGAGUCUCCUCUGACACCCUGACCCACCUCCACACCUUCAACACUACAUUCACUGCACCUCUUUAUGCUGGGUUUGGGUACGGGGUGAAGUUUAACGCUUCAGCUUAUCUGUGCCAGCCUUAGACCAUCUGUGAGAGUGAUAGCUUCCAGACUGUUUGAUUGUUACAGUCUGGGUCAGUGGGCUGUUAAAAUCAGAUGUUUUCUAUGGAGCCUCAACCAAAGUAUUUGCUUCCCAUAGCUGCUAGCCUUUGCACUUUUCUCUCUAAAGUCUGUAAACGCCUCCACCCAGGAUCCAUCCAACCGCCAAACACUUUAAGCUGCUGUUUGGCAUCGGUGUUAUUUCAGGGACAAGAGCGCAAGACAGUUCAUGUCUGCACUGAAAUGAUUUCACUAUUACCCGAUGAGUUGUUCUGUUUGUAAGUUCAGUCUGUGUUGUUCAACCACUCUAAAUCUUUGCUGGCCUGCUCAUGGCUCGAGUCAUGGGUAGCAGCUUCAACAUGAUGCAUUCUUGUCUAAGGGAAAGAACAAUAAUACUUGUGAGCCAUUCUUGAAGAAGAAGAAGAUAUGCUUGGAAGUAGCAUACCAAACUUAAUAAGACAGCAGUAUGUAGAUGACUUCAGUAUCAAAAGCACAUAUAUGACUGAGAAUGUGCCAAUGGAAACUCUGGUUUACUGCAGGGCUUUAGAAAACAUCUGGCACUCUUCACAGAACUGUACUACUAUUUCAGUGUUUAUUUAAAAAUAUGUAUUUUCUUAUUGUUUGGUAAUAUAUUAAUGAAUGUAAAUACAGCAGUAUCUUGCCUUAAUGACAGAAGAGUGUCAACUUUUUGUUUGUCUGCCAACCGACCACUGGAAUGUUAAUUUUAAAAUGGAGUGCCCCCAAAUGGUCAGACUGAUUAACCACAACACUCCAUAUUGUUAGAAUAACUUGAAUCGACUGUAUACAGGCUGCGUGUGAAUGAAAGUGUAUUGUAAUUAAAGUUCAGACUAGUUGUUGUCAAGUCUGUCCAUGUGAUGCAUGCAUCUUUACUCUGACUGCAUUUGUGAAGUAUUUAACAUUAUUUAAAUAAAUGUGUAUAAUGAUUCAUGCAGUUA